AAGAAGAAAUUGUCAAGAGAUGAAAGUGAUAAUGUUGUUGUGAUUGAAGAAGUGUUAGAUGAUGUUAAACCUCAGGUACAAUCAAUACCAAAAAAGCAAUUUAUGCCAAUUGAAGAAGUUACAGAAGUAUUUGAGAGUGAUGAAACAGUUCCUUCAAUUAUUGAAGAAAUUGAGGACGUUCCAGAAGAAACAAAAGAUACUGUCGAAAAAAUUGAUGUCAUUAAUGUUCAAGAAAAUGGUGAUGAUAGAAAAAUCACGAAAAAGAAAGUUGUUAGAAGAGAUAGGAAAGGACGGAAGGUUGUUAUAGAAGAAACUACAGUUGAGGAGGAAGGUAGAAGUCCGAUUGUUACUGAAGUACCUAUGUCAUUUGAUGAUGAUGUGAGUGAGGUAGAAAAACCAACAAUUAUUGAACCAGAAGAAGUGAAUGAUGAUGUAACAGUUGAAAAACCAGAAAAACAAAAAAAAGUGAAAGAAACAGGCAAAAAAAGAGAUGAUAAGAAAGUUACUCGAAGAAAAAAGAGAGGAGAUAGUGAUGAAGAACAAGUGAUUGAAGAUAAAAAUAAGGUAUCAGUGAAGAUCGUUCAAGUUAUGCCUGACGAGGUAGUAACAGAGGAAGUAACCGAGUUUCAGCCUGAAAUAAUUCAUGUACAACCGACAGAAGUAGACGAGACUCGGGAAGAAGUAAUGGUCACAACCGAAAUAACAAAAACUGGUAAACCAAGAAGGGUCAUAAAAAAGAGAAUUAUCCGUAGGAAAGGUAGAAAACAACAGGUAACUGAAGAGCAAACAAUAGAAGAGGAAGGUAAAGCACCUAUCGUUACUACUGUUGCGAAUCCAGAAGAAGAAAUCAUACCUGAAGAAACAACAGGUGUUAUAGGAGCAAUUGAACCCGUUGAAGUUACUGAGAGGGAAGAAAUUCGUGAAGAAGUAACAGUUACUCAAGAAGUAACUCAAACAGGCAAGCCACGAAAAGUUACGAAAAAGAAAAUCAUUCAUAAGAGAGGUCAAAAGCAACAAGUUACUGAAGAGCAAACAAUAGAAGAAGAAGGAAAAGCACCUAUCGUUACUACUGUUGCAAAUACAGAAGAAGAAAUCAUACCUGAAGAAACAACGGGUGUCAUACGAGCAAUUGAACCUAUACAAGCUACUGAGAGAGAAGAAAUUCGUGAAGAAGUAACAGUUACUCAAGAAGUAACUCAAACAGGCAAGCCAAGAAAAGUGACAAAAAAGAAAAUCAUUCGUAAGAGAGGUCAAAAGCAACAAGUGACUGAAGAGCAAACGAUAGAAGAGGAAGGUAAAGAACCUGUUGUAACUGUUGUUGCAAAUCCAGAAGAAAAAAUCAUACCUGAAGAAACAACAGGCGACAUACAAGCAAUUGAACCUGUUCAAGCUACUGAAAGAGAAGAAAUUCGCGAAGAAGUAACAGUAACUCAAGAAGUAACUCAAACAGGCAAACCACGGAAAGUUACGAAAAGGAAAGUUAUUCGUAAGAGAGGUCAAAAGCAACAAGUGACUGAAGAGCAAACGAUAGAAGAGGAAGGUAAAGAACCUGUUGUAACUGUUGUUGCAAAUCCAGAAGAAAAAAUCAUACCUGAAGAAACAACAGGCGACAUACAAGCAAUUGAACCUGUUCAAGCUACUGAAAGAGAAGAAAUUCGCGAAGAAGUAACAGUAACUCAAGAAGUAACUCAAACAGGCAAACCACGGAAAGUUACGAAAAAGAAAGUUAUUCGUAAGAGAGGUCAAAAGCAACAAGUGACUGAAGAGCAAACGAUAGAAGAGGAAGGUAAAGAACCUGUUGUAACUGUUGUUGCAAAUCCAGAAGAAAAAAUCAUACCUGAAGAAACAACAGGCGACAUACAAGCAAUUGAACCUGUUCAAGCUACUGAAAGAGAAGAAAUUCGCGAAGAAGUAACAGUAACUCAAGAAGUAACUCAAACAGGCAAACCACGGAAAGUUACGAAAAAGAAAGUUAUUCGUAAGAGAGGUCAAAAGCAACAAGUGACUGAAGAGCAAACGAUAGAAGAGGAAGGUAAAGAACCUGUUGUAACUGUUGUUGCAAAUCCAGAAGAAAAAAUCAUACCUGAAGAAACAACAGGCGACAUACAAGCAAUUGAACCUGUUCAAGCUACUGAAAGAGAAGAAAUUCGCGAAGAAGUAACAGUAACUCAAGAAGUAACUCAAACAGGCAAACCACGGAAAGUUACGAAAAAGAAAGUUAUUCGUAAGAGAGGUCAAAAGCAACAAGUGACUGAAGAGCAAACGAUAGAAGAGGAAGGUAAAGAACCUGUUGUAACUGUUGUUGCAAAUCCAGAAGAAAAAAUCAUACCUGAAGAAACAACAGGCGACAUACAAGCAAUUGAACCUGUUCAAGCUACUGAAAGAGAAGAAAUUCGCGAAGAAGUAACAGUAACUCAAGAAGUAACUCAAACAGGCAAACCACGGAAAGUUACGAAAAAGAAAGUUAUUCGUAAGAGAGGUCAAAAGCAACAAGUGACUGAAGAGCAAACGAUAGAAGAGGAAGGUAAAGAACCUGUUGUAACUGUUGUUGCAAAUCCAGAAGAAAAAAUCAUACCUGAAGAAACAACAGGCGACAUACAAGCAAUUGAACCUGUUCAAGCUACUGAAAGAGAAGAAAUUCGCGAAGAAGUAACAGUAACUCAAGAAGUAACUCAAACAGGCAAACCACGGAAAGUUACGAAAAAGAAAGUUAUUCGUAAGAGAGGUCAAAAGCAACAAGUGACUGAAGAGCAAACGAUAGAAGAGGAAGGUAAAGAACCUGUUGUAACUGUUGUUGCAAAUCCAGAAGAAAAAAUCAUACCUGAAGAAACAACAGGCGACAUACAAGCAAUUGAACCUGUUCAAGCUACUGAAAGAGAAGAAAUUCGCGAAGAAGUAACAGUAACUCAAGAAGUAACUCAAACAGGCAAACCACGGAAAGUUACGAAAAAGAAAGUUAUUCGUAAGAGAGGUCAAAAGCAACAAGUGACUGAAGAGCAAACGAUAGAAGAGGAAGUGUUGCAAAUCCAGAAGAAGAAAUCAUACCCGAAGAAACAAUGGGUGUCAUACGAAAUAGAUAUUCGUGAAGAAGUAACAGUAACUCAAGAAGUAACUCAAACAGGCAAACCACGGAAAGUUACGAAAAGGAAAGUUAUUCGUAAGAGAGGUCAAAAGCAACAAGUGACUGAAGAACAAACGAUAGAAGAUGAAGGUGGAGCACCGAUCAUCACAGUUGUUGCACAUCCAGAAGAAGAUAUUAUACCUGAUGAAACAACAGGAUUCAUCCGAGCAAUUGAACCCGUUCAAGCUACUGAAAGGAUAGAAAUUCGCGAAGAAGUAACAGUAACUAAAGAUGUAACUCAAACAGGCAAGCCACGAAAAGUUACGAAGAAGAAAAUCAUUCGUAAGAGAGGUCAAAAGCAACAGAUAACUGAAGAGCAAACAAUAGAAGAUGAAGGUGAAGCACCUAUCAUUACUGUUGUUGUAAAGCCGGAAGAAGAAAUUAUACCUGAAGAGACAACAGGAGUCAUACGAGCAAUUGAACCCGUUCAAGCUACUGAAAGAAUAGAUAUUCGUGAAGAAGUAACAGUAACUCAAGAAGUAACUCAAACAGGCAAGCCACGAAAAGUUACGAAGAAAAAAAUCAUUCGUAAGAGAGGUCAAAAGCAACAGAUAACUGAAGAGCGAACAAUAGAAGAUGAAGGUGAAGAACCUAUCAUCACUGUUAUUGCACAUCCAGAAGAAGAAAUUAUACCUGAAGAAACAACAGGAGUCAUACGAGCAAUUGAACCCGUUCAAGCUGCUGAACGAGAAGAAAUUCGCGAAGAAGUAACAAUAACUCAAGAAGUAACUCAAACAGGCAAGCCACGAAAAGUUACGAAGAAAAAAAUUAUUCGUAAAAGAGGUCAGAAACAGCAGGUUACUGAAGAGCAAACAAUGGAAGAUGAAGGUGAAGUACCUAUCAUCACUGUUGUUGCACAUCCAGAAGUAGAAAUUCUACCGGAAGAAACAACAGGUGUCAUACGAGCAAUCGAACCAGUUCAAGCCACUGAAAGAGAAGAAAUUCGCGAAGAAGUAACAGUAACUCAAGAAGUAACUCAAACAGGCAAGCCAAGAAGAGUGACGAAAAAGAAAAUCAUUCGUAAGAGGGGUCAAAAACAGCAGGUUACUGAGGAGCAAACAAUAGAAGAACAAGGUAGCGCACCUAUCAUCACUAUUGUUGCACAUCCAGAAGAAGAAAUUAUACCUGAAGAAACAACAGGUGUCAUACGAUCAAUUGAACCCGUUCAAGCUACUGAAAGAGAAGAAAUUCGCGAAGAAGUAACAGUAACUCAAGAAGUAACUCAAACAGGCAAACCACGGAAAGUUACGAAAAGGAAAGUUAUUCGUAAGAGAGGUCAAAAGCAACAAGUGACUGAAGAGCAAACGAUAGAAGAGGAAGGUAAAGCUCCUGUUGUAACUGUUGUUGCAAAUCCAGAAGAAAAAAUCAUACCUGAAGAAACAACAGGCGACAUACGAGCAAUUGAACCUGUUCAUGCUACUGAAAGAGAAGAAAUUCGCGAAGUAGUAACAGUAAUUCAAGAAGUAAGCCUAACAGGCAAGCCGCGAAAAGUCACAAAAAAGAAAAUCAUUCGUAAGAGAGGUCAAAAGCAACAAGUGACUGAAGAGCAAACGAUAGAAGAGGAAGGUAAAGCUCCUGUUGUAACUGUUGUUGCAAAUCCAGAAGAAGAAAUCAUACCCGAAGAAACAAUGGGUGUCAUACGAGUGAUUGAACCCGUUCAAGCUACUGAAAGGAUAGAAAUUCGCGAAGAAGUAACAGUAACUAAAGAUGUAACUCAAACAGGCAAGCCACGAAAAGUUACGAAGAAGAAAAUCAUUCGUAAGAGAGGUCAAAAGCAACAAGUGACUGAAGAGCAAACGAUAGAAGAGGAAGGUAAAGCUCCUGUUGUAACUGUUGUUGCAAAUCCAGAAGAAGAAAUCAUACCCGAAGAAACAAUGGGUGUCAUACGAGUGAUUGAACCCGUUCAAGCUACUGAAAGGAUAGAAAUUCGCGAAGAAGUAACAGUAACUAAAGAUGUAACUCAAACAGGCAAGCCACGAAAAGUUACGAAGAAGAAAAUCAUUCGUAAGAGAGGUCAAAAGCAACAAGUUACUGAAGAGCAAACAAUAGAAGAAGAAGGUAAAGCACCUAUCGUUACUACUGUUGCAAAUCCAGAAGAAGAAAUCAUACCCGAAGAAACAAUGGGUGUCAUACGAGUGAUUGAACCCGUUCAAGCUACUGAAAGAGAAGAAAUUCGCGAAGUAGUAACAGUAAUUCAAGAAGUAAGCCUAACAGGCAAGCCGCGAAAAGUCACAAAAAAGAAAAUCAUUCGUAAGAGAGGUCAAAAGCAACAAGUGACUGAAGAGCAAACGAUAGAAGAGGAAGGUAAAGAACCUGUUGUAACUGUUGUUGCAAAUCCAGAAGAAGAAAUCAUACCUGAAGAAACAACAGGUGACAUACGAGCAAUUGAACCUGUUCAAGCUACUGAGCGAGAAGAAAUUUGCGAAGAAGUAGCAAUAACUCAAGAAGAUACUCAAACAGGCAAGCCACGAAAAAUUACAAAAAAGAAAAUCAUCCGUAAGAGAGGUGAAAAGCAACAGAUUACUGAAGAGCAAACCAUAGAAGAAGGUGAGGCACCUGUUGUUGCAAAACCAGAAGAAGAAGUCAUUCCUGAAGAAGCUACUGGACCUAUUUCCUCUAUUCCGUACGAUAGAUCUAUCAACAACGAAGAAAUUCGGCAAGAAGUAACCGUUACAGAAGAUACUUCAGCCGAAGGCAAGCCACGUAAAACAACUAAGAAAAGAAUUAUUAGACGUAAAGAUAUGAGACAACAAGUUAUUAAAGAACGUACUGUGGAAGAAGAAGGCAAAGCUCCAGUCGUUACUGUUGUUAGAGAACCUACUGAAGAAGUUGUUACUGACGAAACUUCUCAAACGUUACCAGAUGAAACCCAUCAAACUGUUACUAUUACUGAAGAUACGAGUCCUGAAGGUCAUCUUGUAAAGACAACAAAGAAGAAGAUUGUUCGUAAGCGUGGUAAAAAGCAACAAGUCAUUGAAGAAAAAACUACUGAAGAAGAAGGCAAAGCUCCAGUUACAGAAACUGUAACACAACCUGAAGAAGAAAUUAUUUCUGAUUUGGUAGUCCAGCCACUUCCUGUUGGUCAAUUUGGAACAACGUCAGAAUGCGAAGAAAUCCGGGAAAUAGUUACGGUUACUCAGGACACAUCAAAUGUUGGGAAAGCUCGUAAAAUAACAAAGAAAAAGUUAAUUCGUAAGAGAGGUACGAAACAGCAAGUUACUGAGGAACAAACCAUAGAAGAAGAAGGAAAAGUUCCAGAUACCAUUACAAUUGUACAACCUGAAGAAGAAAUCAUUCUCGAAGAAACAACUAAGCCACUACUGCUUUCUACUUCCGAUGAACUUGUUCAACUCUUAGAUGCCCUUGAAAUUCCAGAAAUUACUGAAGUUAAGAAAGUAAAACCGAAGAAGAAGAAAAUCGUUCCAAAAAAGGAUGAGAAAAGUGAAGAUCAAGCUUCAGUUCCCAUCGAAGAAAUAAUAGAAGCAUCUCCAGAAGAAGUAAUUGAAAUUACACCUGAAGAAACACACGAAAUCGUCACAAUAACUCAUCAAAAAACAACUAAAGGUAAACCAGUGAAAGUUACUAAGAAAAAGAUUAUUCGGAAGAAAGGUAAGAAACAACAAGUGAUAGAAGAAAGAACAAUUGAAGAAGACGGACAAGCACCAGUAACUAAAUUUAUUGUUGAACCGGAAGAGGAGAUAAUUUACGAUCGUUCGACGGAACCUCUUCCCACACCAGAAACAGCUACACCAGUUGAGGGUGAAGAAAUUCAAGAGAUAAUGACAGUCUCUACAGAAAUUACUGACAUCGGCAAGCCACGGAAGAUUACCAAGAAAAAAGUUAUUCGCAAAAAGGGUAAUAAGCAACAGGUAACUGUUGAAAAAGUGAUUGAAGAAGAUGGAAAAGCUCCAGUGAGAGAAUCUACUGUUGAGCCUGAAGAAAUAAUUAUUUCUGAAGAUUUUGCAGCACCACUUCCAGUUUUUGCUCGUGAAAUACCACAAGAAAAAGAAGAAAUUCAUGAAGUUGUUACAGUUACGACAGAAUGGACUAAGAAUGGAAAACCAAAGAAAAUAACAAAAAAGAAAACAAUCCAUAAAAAAGGUAAAAAGCAACAGAUUGUAGAGGAGAAAACAGUUGAACAAAGAGGAAAACCAGCGGUAAAAACAUUCACUGUUCUGCCAGAAGAAGAAAUUAUUUCUGAAGAAAGUACAUUGCCAUUAUCGACUACCGUGCAUGUUCGGCCUUCUGAUCGUGAAGAAGUUCGACAAGAAGUUACUGUUUCAGAAGAAAUAACAGAUGAAGGAAAACCACGUAAAGUAACAAGAAAGAGAGUUAUUACAAAACGGGGUAAAAGAAUUCAAGUUUCUGAGGAAAAAGUUAUCGAAGAAGAAGGAAAAGCUCAAGUAUCUGAAUCGCUUACUGGUCCAGUAGAAGAAAUCAUUUCUGAUGAGACUCUAGAGCCGAUACCUUUUGUUGAAUUCGAACAACCUACUGUGAUUGAAGAAAUUGAAGAGCCAGUAACAAUUACAGAAGAGAAGGUUCUGGAGGAUAAAGCAGAUGAAACUCCGAAGAAAAAAGGCAAAAAGCGUCCUAAGACUGAUAAGAAACCAGUCGAAGCUGCCGAAUCAGCUAUUCCGGAUGAAAUCCCAGAAGAAAUCGACUCAGGUGUUGAAUCCGUUGAGGCAACUGAGAGUGAAGAAACAAGAAAUCUAGUCACAGUUGUUGAAGAAACAUCAGAAACUGGAAAAGCACAGCGAGUUACUAAAAAGAAAGUAAUCCGUAAGAAAGGCAAAAAACAGCAAGUCACUGAAGAAAUAACUAUCGAGGAAGAUGGAAAAGCUCCAGUAACAGAAGUAAUUGAACAACCUGUAGAAGAAAUCGUACUUGAAACGACUGGAACUAUUCUUGAAGAAUCCAUUCAACCUAUAGAAGAAGAGAUCCGUGAGGUUGUUACUGUUACCAAUGAAAUUACAGACAAAGGCAAGCCUAAAAAAGUCACCAAAAAGAAAAUUAUUGUAAAGAAAGGUUCUAAACAACAAGUAACUGAAAAACAAACAGUUGAAGUGGAAGGUGAAGCUCCAGUAACUCAAGUCGUUGUUGAACCAGAAGAAUACAUCGUAACUGAUGAAACAAUUCAAUCAGUACCUGAUGUGGAGUAUGGUAAGCCAUCUGACACGGAGGAAGUUCGGGAAAUAGUGACGGUUACUCAGGAAACAACAGAAACUGGAAAGCCUAAGAAAGUAACUAAGAAAAAAACUAUCCGUAGGAAAGGUCAGAAACAACAAGUUACUGAAGAAAAAAUAGUUGAGCAAGAAGGUAAAGCUCCUAAAAGAACAGUUGAAGCAUUGCCUGAAGAGGAAAUUAUUUUAGAGGAGGUUACUAUGCCGAUGCCUGAAGAAAUAUUUCAGGUUGUUUCUGUGAUUGAAGAUGUUACACCAGAAGGUAAGCCACUACGUAUUGUUAAAAAGAAAACUAUUCGCAAAAAAGGUAAAAAGCAACAAGUUGUUGAGGAGAAGACGGUGGAAGAAGAGGGUCAAGCUCCGGUAACUGACAUCACUGUUGAGCCGAUUGAAGAAAUAGUUGUUGAUGAAACCGUUGAAACACUUCCAUUAGAUAAAAAAAUGAAACCGAAAAUGAAGAAGAAGCCUAAAGAGGUCAAACAAGUUUCAGAAGACAUUCAAACACUGAAGGAUAAAUUGAAGCCACUGAAAAUGAAAGUUGAAAUGAAGGAAUCAAAGCCGAAGAAAUUAGAAAUUACUUCUCCGCAACCGUUAUUUGCUAAAUUAAAAUUGAGAAAAGCUCCGAUACUUAAAGCUAAAGAUAAAAAAGAUAAAUUUCCCAGAGUUCUUCUGCGUAGUCGAAUCAACUUCUUUGAGUAUCCUCCAUUGAUGCAUUAUCCAAAGAUAACCUUGCUCAAGCCACAGUUUGUUCAAACGGGACUUCUACCGGAUGAUGAAAGUCCAGAAGGUGUAACAUUGAAAAGAAUACCGAAAAAAGAAAAUCAAGAUGAGUCUGAAACAAAACUGAAACCUACGGAUAAAAAGAAGCCUAGCGAAAAAAAGAAGCCUAAGAAGGAAAAAGAAGGGCCGGAAGGUCCUACAUUUGAACCUUAUGACAUCAAGCCAUUUGAAACUGAUCUUGAAAAGAGGGAGCCUUUGGAAGAGAGAGAAAUGCCUGAAAGUUCUAAAAAAGACGAUCAGAAAAAACCAAAACGGAAGUCUAAAAAACCUGAGCAAGAGUCAAACAAGGUUGACAUUGUUCCAGGCAAGCCUAAGCCCGGAGAUGAAGACGAAACUCCUAACUUGAAAUUGAAGUACAAACAAGGUCCGAAGCCUGAAGAAAAACCAGAAGAGAUCAAAUUAAAACCAUGGAAAAAACCUAAAUCUUUAGACGAUGAAGAAAAACCAACUGAUGACAGUUUGCGGUUCACUUCGCAUGAUCAAGAGCAUGAUGAUACGCCGGAGGAAAUUGAAACAAUAACUACUCAGGAAAUUGUAAAGAUACCUUCGAAGAAACCGAAGAAAAUUACUACUAAACGGAUAACAAAGAAGAAAGGUGAUCAGCAACAAGUCACUGAGGUAAAGACAAUCGAAGAGGACGGAAAAGUGCCUGUUUGUUCAGUAACUGAGUAUCCUGUUGAAGAAGUUGUAUUCGAUAAGAUAGUUCCAGUUGAAUCAGAAACAUUGGUGCCGACAGUUCAUGAAGAAAUUCGUGAACAAGUUACUAUUUCUGAGAUCACUACAGAAGAAGGUAAGCCACAGAAAGUAACAAAGAAACGGACUAUUAAACGACGAGGUAAGAAACAACAAGUGAUUGAAGAAAAGACUAUUGAAGAAGAAGGUAAACAACCGAUUGUUUUGCUUAGCGAAACAAUAAAUGAGGAAGUUAUCAAUGAAGAUACCUAUCAGACUAUCGAUGCCGUUGAAGAAAUAACACCAAUCGUAACUGAAGAAACAACUGAGCAGGUUACGGUGACGGAAACUAUUUCUGCUGAAGGUGUUCCUCAGAAACUGACUAAAAAGAAGACAAUUAAGAAAAAAGGAACUAAGCAAAAUGUGAGAGAAGAAAUUACUAUCGAAGAAGCUGGUAAGACUCCAAGGUUGAAGACAAGUGAGCAAGUAUUUGAAGAAAUUCCAUGCUUGCCUGACCAAGAACAAAUUGAGCCAACAAUUGUGGAGGAUGUAACUGAGGACGUGCAGAUUACAGAAACUGUUACCAGAAUAGGCAAGCCGAAGAAAUUCACAAAGAAAAAGACUGUUAGAAGAAAGGGAUCAGUUGAACAGGUUACUGAGCAAAUCGUUGUUGAAGAACAGGGCAAAGCUCCAGUCACUUUAACUAUCAGUGAACCGACUGAAGGAACUGUCGGGGAUGAAGAAGCUGUUGAGUUUUUGGUAACGCUUGAUGGACUGGUUCCAGUUGAGGAAAUAACGGAACAAGUUAUUGUUACAGAAGAAAUUACAGUGAAAGGUAAACCUAAAAAGAUGGUGAAGAAACGGGUGACUAAGAAAGCUGGCAAGAAACAACAGGUAACAGAGACAACUUUGGUUGAAGAGGAGGGUAAAGCACCUCUGACAAGUGUAGAAGAACAACCUGUGGAGGAAAUCUUGGUUGAUGAAUUUACUGAAAUCAUACCUGUGGCUGAAGAAGCAGUGCCUUCGGAAGUUGAAGAAGUAAAGGAACAAGUUGUGGUUAGUGAAGAGGUCACUUACGAAGGACAGCCAAAGAAAACAACCAAGAAACGAAAAAUCAUGCGAAAAGGCAAGAAGCAAAAAGUAAUUGAAGAAAUCACAACUGAAGAAGGUGACCAAGCACCUAGAGUAGAGAUUAUUGAAUAUCCAGAGGAAGAAGUUAUUUUUGAAGAGACGGUGAAACCAUUUGAAGCUGAUGAAGUUGAGGAGGACACUGAAUUGGUUCCGAUUACUGAAACUACAGUUGUAGAGGAAAUUACUCCUCAAGGAAAACUAAAAAAGACAAGCAAGAAAAGGAAAGUUGUAAAGAAACCAGAUGAAGAGACAAAGGUCAUUGAAGAGACUAUCAUUGAAGAAGAAGGAAAAGAGCCAGUUGAGACAGUUGAAGAAAUACCAUUAGAAGAAAUUCAGCAAGAUAAAUUGAAAAAACGAACGAAAGCAAAGAAACCCAAGGAUAAAACUGUGGAUGAGACUGAGGAUAUCCAAGAUGUGAAAGAAAGGCUGAAACCUCAGCCAAUUAAACGGGUUGAAGAUAAAAAACCUCAGAAACCAAAGAUACAAGAACCUGAAAAACCACAGUUUGGGUUAAUAAAGUUGAAAAAGGUUCCAGUGAAGCAAAAAGAUGUCAAGAAGGAAAAAUUCCCGAAAAUUAUGCUUCGUAGCCGAAUUCAGUUCUUUGGAUGGCCACCGAGUGAAAGAACAGCAAAAAUUUCUUUGUUAGAACCUAUUGAAGUUCAGAAUGGAAUCUUAUCUCACAAUGUUGAAGAAGCUCUGAAGUUGAAGAAACCUAAGCAAAAGAAAAAGAAGCCACAAGGUUUCGAUGAAACAGUAUUGGAAAAAUUGGAUACUGAAUUUGACGAAUUGAAGAAAGUUCCUUUAGAGGAGGUUGAAGAUAAAUCUGUUUAUCAGCGAAAGCCAAAGAAAGAAAAGCCUGAAGAUAAGGAUGAGAGAAAAUUAAAGAUGGGUAAGGGCAAAGUUCCAAAAGAUGAAGAAAAUAAGGAACAAAUAACACUGAAAAAGAUUCCACGGAAGCCUGAAGAAAAGGUUGAGGAAGAAAAGACAGAGAUCCCGGCGAAGCAGAAGAAAGAAAAGAAAAAAGAUAUCCCAGAAGAUAGAGAUCAACCUGAGCUUCUUCCAUUUGAACCACAUGACAUUGAACAUGAGAAACCUGACUUAGAAGAACGGAGAAUCUCUGAACCAGAAGAGGAAGAAACACCUGUUCAAGAAAAAGAUAAAAAGAAAAAGCCUAAGCAGAAACCAAAAAAGCCGAUUGCCGAAGUAGAGAAAAUUGAAAUCAAACCUGGUGUUCCUAAGAAAGAUCAAACGGAUGAAAGUCCAGAGUUGAGAUUGAAAGCUAAACAGGGACCUAAACCUGAAGACCAACCGGAAGAAAUCAAACUCAAGCCCUGGAAAAAACCAACGGAUGAGAAGUCAAUAGAAGAAAAACCUGACGAUGAGGUCAAGUUUACUCCAACUGAUAUUGUUGAUACCGUUGUCACUGAGGAAAUCAAAAAAGAGCCAGGUAAAAAAUCGAAAAAGAUAAUAAAGAAGAAAAUUAUUCGAAAGAAGAAAGAUGGCAAGCCAGAUGUGACUGAAGAAGUUACGAUUGAAGAAGAAGGAGAGGCACCAGUUACAACAGUUUCUUCAAUUCCUCAGGAAGAAGUUGUUCCAGAAGAGAUUGCUCAAGAUUUUGUAGUUGCUGAGCAGAAAGCUCAACCUACGAUUGUCGAGGAAAUACGUGAGGAAGUUGAAGUAUCUGAAGUUAUAACUGAAGAGGGUAAACCCAAAAAAGUCACUAAGAAACGCAAAACAACUAAGAAAGGUGAUCAUGGAAAGGUUAUUGAAGAAAUAGUAGUUGAAGAAGAAGGCAAAGCACCUGAACAAACAGUCGUUGAGUAUGAUCUUCCUGAAGAAGAAAAAUUAGAUACCAAAAAGACAUCUAAGAAAAAACCAAAGAAACUGUUGAAGUCUGAUGUUACGGUUGAAAAACCGAAAGAUGAAAAGCCGGUAUUGCAGAAAAUAAAAAAGGGAAGUCAGAAACCUACUGCUUUGGAAAUAAAAGAACCAGAAGUUCCUUUAUUUGCUCAGAUUAAACUAAAGAAAGCUCAGCCUGUUCGUAAGCCCAAAGAGGAAGUCAAAAAAGAUAAAUUUCCUAAAGUAUUAUUGCGGAGCAGAAUCACAGACCAUGAGUGGCCGCCGGCUAUUGAGUAUCCAACGGUUUCAAUUAUUGAACCCAAUGAUGUUCAGUCUGGAAUUCUCUCACGUAAUAUGGAAGAAGCUUUGAAAAUCAAGAAGAAAAAACGGAAGUUGCCUAAGCCAACAGAUAAAGAACUGGCAGAUUUGGAGAAAUUGGACAAGGAAUUUGAAGAAAUCAAAAAGGUUCCAUUGGAGAAGGUUGAUGAUAAAGUACCUUAUGAAAGAAAACCGAAGCCUAAAAAAGCAAAACCUGAAGAACCGGAGAAAUUGAAAAUUGGUAAAGGAAAAAUCAAACCGAAAGAAGAAGAUGAGAUAGAAAAGGUGAAAUUGAAGAAGAUACCGGAGAAAAAACCAGAAGAGCAAGAAGAACAGAAACCUGCGAAGAAAAAGAAAACUCCUGAGGAUAAAAUUAAAGAACCAAAAGAUGACAAAGAACAUCCUGAGCUUUCACCAUUCGAGCCUCAUGAAAUUCCUGAAGGUGAGGUCGAUCUAGAACAAUUUGAAAAACCUGAAUUUGAGGAUAAAGAAAAACCAGAUGACAAGAAACCUGAAAAGAAACAAAAGAAGCCGAAGAAAAUGAAACCGAUGCCUGAAACAGAAACUAUUCCGAUAGUUCCUGGAGUUCCUAAACCGAAAUCUGAAGACGAACAACCUGAUGUCAAGUUUAGGAUUCCUCAGAAACCAGAGCAAGAAGAAAAGCCAGAAGAAAUUAAACUUAAACCUUGGAAAAAACCCGAUGACAAACCUGAUGAAGAAACAAAUGACGACGAUGCAAUAAAAUUCACUCCACGUGAAUUUGAAGAAGUGAUUGAAACAGUUGUUACUGAAGAAGUAGAAGACUCUGUCAGUAAAAAACCUAAGAAAAUUACUAAGAAGAGGACAACUAAGAAACGCGGUGAAGAAAAGCCUGUAGUAACUGAAGAAAUCACUCUUGAAGAAGAAGAUAAACUUCCUGUAACAACAAUUAUCUUUGAAGAUAUACCUGAAGAUCAAGUAGAAAAUCUUGAUCUUGAGAACUUAGAUACUCCGAAAUUGGCAAAGCCUAAAGUUGUCGAAGAAACUCGUGAAGAAAUAACGGUAACAGUCGUGGAAACUGAAGAAGGUAAGCCGAAGACAACUCGACGUAAGAAAUUAAUCAAAAAAGACGGUGAUAAAGAGAAAAUUACUGAAGUAGUAACUGUUGAAGAAGAUGGUAAAGCACCAAUCACAAACAUUAUUGAAACAACUGAAGACACACAACAAGUACACACAAAACUUAAACACAAAAAGCCCACACAACCAAACGAUGUCAAGUCGAGUCCAGAAGGUAUCACCGAGGAGUCUAUCAAAGAGGAUCUUAUCGAGGAAGUAGUUGAGAUAGUUGAGACACCGACCCAGAUAACAACUAAGAAGAAAAAGCCAACUAAAAAAGGAAAGAAGGAGGAAAUAGUCACGGAAGUCAUCGAAAAAGCUCAAGAAGAUUCAGUCUUCAUGGAAGAGCAGCAGAUUGUAGAAAUAAAGGAAACACCAGAGAAAAAAAUCAUUAAGAGAAGGACAUCUGUCAUUCGAGACGACGGAGUUCCUGAGGAAGUUAUCGAAGAGAUUGUUAUACUUAAGCCCAAGAAAGAAAAAGCCAAGCCGAUCGUUGAAGAGCUUGAAACUGCAAGCAUCACGGGAGUUGAAGUUAGACAGGCGCCGGAAGAGGUCGUCAAGGUCGAGGAAGAAAUAAUUGAAACUGUUGAAACACCUACUCAAAGGACUGUGAAGCGGAAGAAGAAGGCAACCAAGGAUCAGGUUGAACAAGUCGUUGAAGAAGUUAUCGUCAAAGCAGUUGAAGAGCAAAAGAUUAUGGAAGAUCAGAAGAUUGUUGAGAUUACAGAGACACCUACGAAAACAGUCAUCAGAAGGAAGUCGAUUGUUAUACGCGAUGAUAAAGUUCCUGAAGAAGUUAUCGAAGAGAUUGUUCUUAUAAAGCCACAGUUGGAAAAAGCAAAACCUGUUGUAGAAGAGUUGGAUACUGCUAAAGCUACAAAGCCGAAAGUUCUCAAGGUUCCUGUUAAAGGUCAAGUUGAUGAAACAAAGGAAACAACAGAAGAAAUAGUAUUGAAGAAGCCAACCAAAGAGAAAGCUAAACCUGUGGUGGAUGAAUUGGAAACUGUCAGUAUAAGUGAGGUUGAAGUAUUAGAAAUUUUGGAAACACCAAAGACUAGGAUCACCAAAAUGAGAAAACCAGCGAAGAAAGAUGAACCUGAAGAGCUUGUUGAGCAAAUUGUUCACAAAUUGGAUGAAGAAGCGACUUUGAUGGAAGAGCAAAACAUUGUUGAAGUUAAGGAAACGCCAACUAAGACGAUAAUAAGACGGAAGUCUAUUACUAUCAAAGAUGGAGUUGCUGAAGAAACUAUUGAAGAAAUAGUUAUUCAAAAACCUAAGAAAGAACGCGCUCAUUCGAUUGUUGAUGAGCUUGGUACUGUUACUAUCAGAGAAGUUGAUGUUCGUGAAGGUCCAGUAGAGGAAACUAUCAUUGAGACUGUAGAAACUCCAUCGAAGGUUGUUGUAAAGAAAAAGAGGAAGUCUAUCAAGGAAGACAAGCCGGAAGAAAUCAUUCAGGAAGUCAUUACCAAAACGAAGAAAGAGAAGAAAGUUAUGGAAGACCAAAAGAUUGUAGAGAUUACUGAAACUCCGGAAAAGAAGAUCAUUAAAAGAAAAACUUCUGUUGUUCGUGAUGAUGGUGUUCCUGAAGAGACUAUUGAAGAAAUCGUUAUCCACAAACCAGCUAAAGAAAAAGCAACUCCUAUUGUUGAGGAGCUUGAAAUGGCCAGGAUUAUAGAGGCUGAAAUUCUUCAGGGUCCAGCAGAAAAAGAAGUGACCGUUAUCGUAGAAACUCCAACUAAGAGAGUGGUCAAGACCAAGCAACCAGCGAAGAAGGAUGAACCGGUGAAGGUUACUGAAGUAAUAACUAUGAAGCCGAUGGAGGAGACUACUUUCAUGGAAGAACAACAGAUUGUUGAGAUCACAGAAACUCCAUCGAAGAAGAUAAUCAAGAGGAAAAUUCCUACUGUUGGAGAAGAUCAAACAUCAGAAGAAACUAUUGAGGAGAUUAUUGUUUUGAAACCAACAGAAGUGAAAGCGAGGGCUAUUAUAGACGAGCUUGGUUGUGCGACAAUCACCGAAACCGAAGUGAUUGAAGUUGUAGAAACUCCUAAAACAAGAACAGUCAAGACAAGGAAAGUAUCGAUCAAGGAUAAGCCAACUGAAAUAAUUGAACAGGUGACUAUUAAGCCUGUUGAAGAAACAACAUCUAUGGAGGAACAACAAAUAGUAGAAAUCACUGAAACUCCAAAAAGGACUGUCAUCAAGCGGAAAGUUGCCGUUACGAGGGAUGACCAAGCGCCUGAAGAAACUAUUGAAGAGAUUGUACUUCUAAAACCGAAGAAGGAGAAAGCUAAAACGGUAGUUGACGAACUUCAGACGGUUGAAGUUAGUGAAGUUGAGGUAUUGGAAGUUAUUGAAACGCCCAAGACUCGAGUUACUAAGGUGAAGAAACCAUCUAAGAAGGACGAACCUGUCGAAGUCGUUGAAGAAGUUGUUCACAAGCCUGAAGAAGAAGCAAUUCUGAUGGAAGAACAGCAAAUUGUUGAGAUUAAAGAAACUCCUACGAAGACUAUUAUCCGGAGAAAAUCUAUUACGAUCAAGGAUGGAGUACCAGAAGAGACUAUUGAAGACAUUGUUUUGCACAAACCAAAGAAAGAACGUGCUCAUUCAAUUGUUGAUGAACUUGGGACUGUUAAUAUUACAGUUACAGAUGUUCUCGAGGGUCCUGUAGAAGAAACUGUCAUCGAAACGGUUGAAACGCCGGAGAAAAUUGUGACAAAGAAACGGAGAAAGUCUAUCAAAGAAGACAAGGCUGAAGUUGUGGAGGAAGUUGUGAUCAAGCCGAAAGAAGAGCAAAAGAUUAUGGAGGACCAGAAGAUUGUCGAAGUUGUAGAAACAACCAAGAAGAAGGUUAUCAAGAAAGUUAAAGCAGUUGUGAAUGAAGAUGGCAUGCCGGAAGAAAUCAUUGAGGAGAUUGUUAUUCACAAACCUCAGAAAGAGAAGGCCACUUCUGUAGAAGACAAGCCCGAAGAAGUUAAGGUUAGUAAGGUUAAGGUUCAAAAGGCUCCAAAGAAACCAGAGGAAAGUAAGGUUGAGAAAAUUGAAGAAACAGUAGAGGAAGUUACGCCUGAAAAACCUAAGAAGAAGAAAGCAGAAAAGGUUAUCACGCCUAAAGAAAGCGUGGAGACGACGGAAGUUGUCACUGGUGUUACGAUUGAAGAACUUCCGGAUGAAGAGAAACCGAAAGAAGAAGCAGCUACUGAAAUAGCUCCUGAAAAAGAAGAGAAACCAAAGAUUUCAGAAGUUCCAGUUAGUAAAGCUGAGGAAAAACCGAAGACUGCAGAAGUAGAAGAGGUUAAAGAACAAGUUGAAGAAGUAACACCCGAAAAGCCGAAAAAGAAGAAAAAAGCUGAGAAAACAGUCACUUUCAAUGACAAUCUUGUCACUACGGAAAUUAUUCCAUCGAGAAGGGCUGAAGAGUUCCCUGAGGUAAAGCCUGAAGAACAGAAAGCGAAACCGGUAGAGGAAGAGAAAUUAAACGGUCAUGUGCCUCAAGAAGUUGUUGAAGUAAAAGUGAACGAAGAAACUACAGAAGUUAAGAAAGUUAAGAAGACCAAAAAGAAAAAACCAGCUAAAAAAGCGGAUUGGGAAGAGUGGGUUGAGCCUGAGUAUGAACGUCCAGUUUUAGAACCCAUGCCGGAAAAGAUUCAAUGGGAGCCGUCGAAGAAGAAGGAAGAAAAACCGGUAUCAAAAAUACCUCAGAAACUUGUCCCACAGAAAGUUGAAAGAGUUACGGCACAUAAGGCAACAAAACUUCAAUUUUCAGAGGCAAAGGAAGAAGUUCAAUUUGGAACGGUUAAAUUGAAGAAAGCAAAACCUAUUGAAAGGAAGGAUGCUCCGAAAGUUGAACUGCCGAAAUUUAUGUUGAAGAGUCGUAUUACGUUCCAUGGAGAAUAUCCACCGGAAUUGCAAUACCCGGAAUUGACAGAAAUUGAACCAAAUCCUGUUCAGACUGGAAUUCUUUCGCGAAAUAUUGAGGAAGGGUUGAAGGUUAUCAAGAAGAAGAUGAAGAAGGUCAAAUUAUCGGAAAAGGAAGUUGUAGAGUUGGAAAAGUUGGAUAAAGAAUUUGAAGAAUUGAAAAAAGUUCCACUUGAGAAAAUUGAAGAUAAAUCUAUUUAUGAAAGGCCAGCGAAGAAACCUAAAGAAGAAGAAGAACAGCCUAAACCUCUAGUUAUUGGUAAAGGUAAAGUUCCUGAAAAGCCUGAAGAAGUUCCAGAAGAAAUAAAAUUAAAGAAAAUUCCAGAAAAGAAACCAGAGGUGGUUGAAGAAAAACCGAAAAAGCCUAAGAAAGAACAACCAGAAGAAAAGCCCAAAGAGAAGAAAGAAAGGAAACCAUCAGUUAAAUUGGAACAUGAAGACUUCAAGCCGUCGGACUUUGAAAGGCCUGAAUUGGAAAAAUAUGUUCCAGAAGAGCCGGAACGUCCUGAAGAGCCUACACCUGAGGUUGAAGUAAAACCUCCGCCUAAGAAACCAAAGAAGAAGCCGGAUCAGGAAAUUGAACAGGUACCAAUUGUUCCAGGCGUUCCAAAACCACCGGAACCUGAAGAACAACCGGAGGUCAAAUUCCGUAUACCCGAAAGACCAAAACCUGAGGAAGAACCAGAGAAGAUUACGCUCAAAGGUUGGAAAAAGGGUGAACCGGAAGAAGAAGGUGUUCAAGAGCAACCUCAACUGGAAAUUAAGCUACAACCAAGUGUUCCAAAACAAGAAGAAGAGGUCGAAGAAAAGGUUCCAGAAAAAGAAAAACCUAAGAAGAAAAAGAAGAAACCAGUGAAGAAAGAAAAAGAAGCAUGGGAAGAGUGGGUUGAACCCGAGUACGAACGUCCUGUUUUAGAACCGAUGCCUGAAAAGAUAGAAUGGGAACCAUCUAAGAGAAGGAAGGAAAGUAUACCUAUGCAUCUGGACAAACCAUCAGUUGCAGAAAUUUCGGCUCCGGAACCAGUUCCAGAGGAAGUAGCUACGUUUAAACGCAAACCUAAGAAAGAACCUGAAGAAGUUUCUGAGGAGACAGUUGUUAUAAAACCACAGAAGAAACAGAUUGAAGUUACUGAAGAUGUAACAGAAGAAGUUACAUUGAAGAAGGUACCGAAAAAAGAACCGGUUGUUGAAGAAGCAGCUGAUGAGAUAGUUAUUAAAAAGCCUGUUCCUAAAAAAGUUGAAAAAGUAGUCGAAGAAGUUACUGAGGAUGUGACUAUCACCAAAAAUUUGAAGCCUAAACCAAAACCAAAAAUAGAAGAGGUUUCAGAGGAGAUAGUGAUCAAAAAACCAGUUCCUGAGGAGGAAGAAAAAGUCGUUGAAGAGGUAACAGAAGAAGUGACACUCAAAAAGAAGCCUAAGAUAAAGCCUACAGUUGAGGAAGCUCCUGCAGAAAUUACUAUCAAAAAGCCGGCACCAAAGGAAGAGGAAAAACCAACAGAAGAGGUUAGUCAAGAAAUAGUUAUUCCUAAAAAACCAGAGCCAAAAACAGAAGAAGCAGCUGAUGAAAUGACCAUUAAAAAACCUGUACCUCAAGAAGUUGAAAAGGCUGUUGAAGAAGUUAAGGAAGAAGUUACUAUUAAGAAGAAAACCAAAACAAAAAAGAAGCCGAAGAAAGCAGAUUGGGAAGAAUGGGUUGAGCCUGAAUAUGAGCGACCGGUCUUGGAACCAAUGCCAGAGAAAAUUGAAUGGGAAUCAUCUAAGAAAAAGAAAGAAAGUAUACCUAUGCAUUUGGAAAAACCAUCAGUUGCGGAAAUUUCGGCUCCGGAGCCAGUUCCAGAGGAAGUAGCUACGUUUAAACGCAAGCCUAAGAAAGAACCUGAAGAAGUUUCUGAGGAAGUAGUUGUUAUAAAACCUCAGAAGAAAGAGAUUCAAGUUACUGAAGAUGUUACGGAAGAAGUUACAUUGAAAAAGGUACCGAAAAAAGAACCGGUUGUUGAAGAAGCAGCUGAUGAAGUGACAAUUAAGAAACCUGUUGUUGAAAAACCAAAGGAACAACCGGAAGAUGUUACUGAAGAAAUUACUUUGAAAAAGAAACCAAAGAAGAAACCAGUAACUGACGAAGCGGCUGAUGAAGUUACAAUCAAGAAGCCUGUUAUUGAAAAACCGGAAGAACAACCAGAAGAUGUUACUGAAGAAAUUACGUUGAAGAAGAAACCAAAGAAGAAACCAGUUACUGAUGAAGCUGCUGAUGAAGUUACAAUAAAGAAACCUAUCGUUAAAAAACCUGAAGAACAAGUAGAAGAUGUCAGUGAAGAAAUUACAUUGAAGAAGAAACCAAAGAAGAAACCAGUAACUGAAGAAGCUGCUGAUGAAGUUACAAUUAAGAAGCCUGUGGUACAACCGGAGGAAGACAUCACAGAAGAAGUGACUUUAAAGAAAAAAUCAAAGAAGAAAGAGCCAGUAAUUGAGGAUGCCGAAGACACUGAAAUAACAAUUAAGAAAAAACCGAAAGCCAAGGCCCAAGUCACCGAGACAGAAGACGUUUCUACAGACAUAAAAUUAAAGAGAAAAGUUUCCAAAACAACUGUCGACGAAGCUGCAGCUGAGUUAGUCAUUGAAAAAACCGAGGAGGUCGUUGAAGAAGGCCCGGAAGAAGUAGUAGAAGAAGUCGUAGAAGAAUUCACGAUCAAACGCAAACCACCGAAGAAAGCUCCUAAGCUGAUAGAAGAAAUAUGCGAAGACGUAACACUUAGGAAGCUCAGACCCAAGAAAAAGCGUCCAGAUAUUAAAGAAGUUACUGAAACAGAAGUAGUGACCUUCCGGCCUCGAUCGACAAAGACUAAAGAAGACGUUGAACAAGAGUUCAAAAUAUCUCUCAACACCUAUGAGGAAGAAGAUAUCUCAAUGUCUGGUAAGGUUCGUCUUAAGCCUAAGAAACGCGCUCCAACGUACCAUGAAGAGGGUGGAGAGGAAACUAUCCGCAUUAUUCAAGGUCCCGAAGACGAUGGUCAACCGAUUGUUGAAGAAAUAAUUUACGAUUCGGAAGAAGAGUACAGUAUCAGCGAAUUGGAAACAGAUCAAUAUAAUCUACCUCUCAGGAAGAAAAAGAAGCCUCGUCCAUACUCUGUUGAGCAAAUUGACGAGGAUGAUGUCAGGGUUAAGCUAAAGAAAGAGCGAAAGUAUUCUGUAGAAGAAACUGAUGAAUCCUUGGCACUUAAAUUGAAAUCCAAACGACGUACAUCAACGUUUGAAGAAGAUGAAGGAGAUUACAGUGUCCAUGAUGGCGCUACAAUGUUCUCCAUUUGCUCAUACGUGGCGGAAACUGACGAAGCCAUUAAUCUGGUGGAAGGAGAAAGAGUUUACGUUAUUGAGCACACAAACACUGACUGGUGGUUUGUUAAGAAACAUUUGACCCAAGAAAAAGGAUGGGUACCAGCUCAAUAUCUUCUCGAUGAAGAACAUUACACUAUUUAUCUGCAAAGGAAGCUUCAUGAGAAGAUUGAUAAACUUCCUGUCUUUGAAAAACCUGGACCAGGUGACGAAUCAUCUGCGCCGAAGUUCGUCAAGAAACUCCAACCAAUCCACACCCCUGAUGGUUACACAGUUCAAUUUGAGUGUCAACCAAAACUUUCCGAUAAAGGAGAGUAUUCUUGCGUCGCCACCAAUGAUCUGGGUACCGCAGAAACCAAAGCUACUCUUACUGUUGAAGUUUCUAAACCUACCUGUGAGGGAUCACAUUGUGACACCAUAUCAGAUGCAACAAGCAAACAUGCCUGUUCAGGAUCUAACUGCGGAACCGCUAGCAAUUCCAUCCAUGAUCCUAAUCCUAAAUCAUGUUGUGAUGGUUCUCACUGUGGAACAAUCACAGAUACUUCUUGUAAAAACGGUUCUUGCAAGAAAGGUUGCUGUUCUGGAUCACACUGUGGUACGGUCAGCAAUUCAGCCACUACCUCCUAUCCCACUUCCAAUUCUAAGAUAUGCAGUGAUGGCAUUCACUGUGGCACUAUCACAGACGUUUCUUGCAAAGAUGGUUGUUGCUCUGGCUCUCAUUGCGGUACAAUUAGUGAACUAAUUGCUGAAGCCAUCCCUAUUGUUGAUCCCAAACCACGCUCAAACGAUAAAAAUGACAACUCAGAAUCUAACUGUGACACAAUUUAUAAUUCUACCUUUGAUCCUAACACAAUAUCCUCCUAUGAUUCUGACAGCGAUACGCUUUCGGGAGCUGUUAAACCUGCUUAUGAAUUAGACAGAAACGCUUUUUGUAAAUUCUGCUGCCGAACAGUCUGUACAAGGACUUGCGUCACUAAGCAAACGCUUUUGAUUGAGCAAACAAUUAACACUUCAACGGUUAUAACAAUUGAAGAAACGCCCAGUGGCGCUCCAGAGCCACCACUAUUCACGCAACGAUUCCAAGAGCUGACAGUUCCUGAAAAAGGAACAUUCAAACUAGUCGCCAAAGUUACUGGCAAUCCUGUACCAGAAGUAACAUGGCUGAGAAACAACAAGCCAUUAGGAAAGUCUCCUAACAUCAAAGAAACUUACGACGGUGAGAACAUCACUCUGGAGAUCAAAAACGCAGACUCUGAAGUUGACUCCGGAGAUUACAAAUGCACUGCAAGCAACCCAGUUGGAAAGGCAUCACAUGGUGCUAAAGUCACUGUCGACGUUCCCAGAGUGACGUUCACCAAGAAGCUUCCUGAACAAUUGUCUGUUGAUGAGUACAAAACACUUGAACUAACUUGCGAAACAUCACACACAAUGUCAACGACCUGGUGGUACAAUGACAAAGAAAUCAGUGGCAUGGAUCACCGUGAAGUCAUCGAAGAAGGUCGUGUUCAUAAACUUGUUAUAAAGAAGACAAGUGCCACUGAUGAGGGUACUUACAAAUGCACUGUCAAGAACCAAAGUACUACUUGUACUGUUCAAGUCAAACCCACCAAGCCAGAAUUUGUCAAAAAACUACAGGACUUUGAGGUGAUUGAGAAAGAGGUUGCUAUUCUGGAAGUUGAAAUCACUUCGCAAACUGCUGACGUCAUUUGGAAGAAGGAUGGCGAGCCUUUGAAACCUCGUGAUGAUAAGAUUGAGUUCGUAAAAGACGGGUCAGUUAGAAAAUUGCUCAUCAGAAGUACUUCUGUGCAUGACGAAGGCGAGUACAGCUGUACUCUUCUGGACGAAGAAUGUUCUGCAGAAGUUACUGUUGUCGAAUUGCCACCUGAGAUAAUAACAAAGAUGAAGGACGUAAGAAUAGCACGAGGUGACAAAGCCAAGUUCAACAUCGAGCUAACUAAAGGUGAUGCUUUGGUACGUUGGUUCAAGGACGGACAAGAGCUUCAGUUUUCUGAACACGUUAGCUUAUCUAUUGACGGCAAACGUCAGAAAUUGAAGAUAUACGAGGCAACUUCUGAAGAUGCUGGAGUUUACUCUUGCCAAGUUGGAGAACAGACAUCCGCAGCGCGACUUAUUGUAGAAGAACCAGAGAUUGACUUCAUCCGACGACUACCCGACGUAACUCUAGUGCCUCUGGAUGAAGACGCGCUUUUCACGAUCGAAUUGUCCAAGCCUGACGUGCCUGUUCAGUGGUUCAAGAAAGGUGUUCCUAUUAAGGAGUCUGCCAAGUACACGAUAAUCGAUGAGGGCAGAGUCAAGAAAUUGAUCGUCAGUGACUGCAGUGUAGAUGACGCUGUUGAAUACAGCGCAGUCGUGCUAAAUGUCAAAACAUCUUCGAGAUUGAAGGUAGAAGUUGUCGAAGCUCCACCAAAGAUUUCGAUAGAGUCACCGAAGAAGUACAGAGUGAAGAAAGGCCAUGAUGUUGACAUGACUGUUAGAUUUUCAGCAGCUCCUAAGCCAACUGACGAGUGGACCGUUGACGGCCGCGUUAUUGUCAAAUCUAAGAGAAUCAUCAAGACUUGCGACGAAGAGUCUGCUACUUUGACUAUCAAGAAAGUCGAAGAGAAAGAUGUGGGUGAUUACACACUAAAGUUAGUUAAUACUCACGGUGAAGCUAGCACUGAAAUAAAGCUUAUCAUUGGCCAAGAGCCUGGUAAGCCUGAAGGACCUUUGGUCGUUAAGAACAUCAGGCAUGAUCGCGUUACUAUCCAAUGGAAGCCUCCGAAAGAUGACGGUGGCUAUGAUAUCACCGAAUACAUCAUUGAGAAAUGUGAAAAGACCAAGAAGACUUGGACAAGAAUCACCGAAGUCACGGAAGAAACUUUGACUUAUGAAAUUGAUAAUCUUAACAAGGAUAUUGAGUACAUAUUCAGAGUGAUUGCAAGAAAUGAAGUCGGACCAUCAGAACCCUUGGAAUCCGAGCCGGUGACUAUGAAAUCGACGUUUGACAAACCUGGAGCACCUCAAGGACCACUUGAAGUUUCGGGAAUGACCAAGACGUCGUUUACUAUUAUGUGGAAUCCGCCUGAAAGCGAUGGAGGCAGUCCUAUCAUUGAGUACAACGUGGAGAUGAAAGAAACUAGCAAGAAGAGCUGGACGAAAGUUGGCACUACCAAGGAAGACAUCACUUAUAUCAGUGUAUCAGAUUUGAAGACAGACGCGGCUUAUGAAUUCAGGAUAACUGCUUCUAAUGCUAUUGGUACUGGUCCUCCGUACUUGUCGGAGGAGCCUAUUGUCACAGGAAAACGAAUCAUAUUAAGCAAAUUUACUGAAGAAUCGCUUUACGCUCUCCUUGGAAUCUUCCCUUCAACUAAAAAAGUUGCUACGCCGCCAUCAUGUCCGCUCAAUUUCCACGUGGAAAACAUAACCAGUAAGAGUGUAACUCUCAAUUGGUCACAACCUGCAAGCACAGGAGGCUCCGAAUUAACUGGAUAUGUGAUUGAGAAGAGGCCGCUUAUUGGCAAAGGAUCUAAGUGGAUAAAAGUAGUAACAUUAGACGCUACAACACAUUCUUACUGCGUCGAAAACCUCAAGGAAAGUGAGUUCCUGUUCAGAAUUUUCGCUGAAAACAGUAUAGGGCUCAGUACGCCGGCCAUUUCUGAGCCUGUUACACUCAAGACUCAUGCAAACGUUCCAUCACCACCAACAGCACCACUAGAAAUCCGACAAAUUGCUGCAAACACUGUAGUUAUAGAAUGGGGACGACCUGAAUCUGACGGAGGUUCGCCAUUAGAAGCCUAUAAAAUUGCAAUAAGAGAUACAAAGAAGACAAUGUGGAUAGAAGUCGGCCGCGUUAAUGCAGACAUUCAAAAACUCAAUGUACGUGAUCUCCAAGAAGGCCAUGAAUACCUUAUGAGGAUUUAUGCAAGAAAUGAAGUAGGAUUCAGUGAACCACUUGAGUCUGAUGAACCCGUUAAAAUAGUUCCUGCAUCUGAAUUAGCGGUAAUAGAACCAAUCGCCGAAGCAACAGAGCGAGGAGAAACAGCAUCCGUGAGUUACAGCACAGAAAACACAAGUUCUUGGCUUCGAGAUCACAAUAUGGAUGCGGAUAUAAGUUCUUAUGCGCGCGCGCGUCUUCUGAGAAAGGACGAAUACUUUUUCCGAAUAUGGCACUACGCCAAGAAGCUUUUUAAA